GAUGUCAUUUUCCUGCGACAACAUGAGAGCAAAGGGAAUCCGGUGACAGCAAUGCAUGUGAGUCUUUGGGGCUCAGUAGGAGAAGUAGUUGUAUAUUUCAGGAACUGUUUACAACUCAAGGAGCUGAUAUACACCCCUAUUUAUGCAGUUGAUAAAUUAGUGUCCUCUUAUACAUUACACACAAUUGACAUUCUCGGAAGCGUCGUGAAAAGGGGGCACGUUUUAGACCUUUGUAGACUUAGAGCGUCCACAGCCUUGUUGGCUGCUAAUGCUAAUUUCGCUAAAGAGAAAGGUUUGCAUUUAACCUUAGACGUCAAUAAUGAUAGUCGUUUAUCUUCACGCUCUGUAAAUAAAGUUGGCUUAUUCAGCAAUAUCCACCGCGCUGCCAUUGACGCGUACACCACAGAACCACGGGAGAUUAACUUCGCAGUUGUAAAGAGAAACCGCUCUGAUCCAGCCGAUGAUAGAAUGGACCAAGAUGUGAAGGAAAUAGGCGAAAAACGUAAAUGUGAAAACUCGGACAAUCAUGAGAAAACCGGUCGCAAAAGGCGAAGAGGACAAGGAGGAAAACAGCUCCGUCCUGGCGAGAGAUAUGUUCCUCCACCUCAAAAGCGCAACCCAGGCGUCAGUUUCAGUCAGGAACAUUUUGACGAGACGUCAUAUUAUUUUGAUGGAGGUCUUCGUAAAGUUCGUCCUUAUUAUUACGAUUUCAAAACUUAUUGCAAAGGACGUUGGAUUGGCAAGACACUUCUGGAGGUUUUCAGCAGUGAGUUCAGAGCUGAACCCUUGGAAUAUUAUCAGAAAGCAGCCAAAGCUGGUCGGAUUCGGCUUAACGACACUCCCGUUGAUGACCUGAACAUCAUUCUAAAGAACAAUGAUUUGAUGAAGAACACAGUCCAUCGCCAUGAACCACCUGUGGUUGGUCACCCCAUUGAGAUUAUUGAAGAGAAUGAUGAAGUUGUGGUGGUGGACAAACCGGCCUCGCUGCCAGUGCACCCCUGCGGACGAUUUCGACACAACACUGUCAUCUUCAUCUUGUGGAAGGAGCGAGGUCUCUCUGAACUUCACACUGUCCACCGUCUGGAUCGCCUCACGUCCGGAGUGCUGCUCUUCGCCCGCACUCUAGAGGUGUCAAAAAGGCUGGAUCAGAUGGUGCGAGACCGAGAGCUGGAAAAGGAGUAUGUGUGUCGAGUGGAGGGAGAAUUCCCAGAAGAAGAGCUGGUGUGUGAAGAGCCCAUCCUCGUUGUCUCCUUCAAGGUUGGUGUGUGUCGUGUGGACCCCAAGGGCAAACCCAGCCGCACAGUGUUUCAGAGGAUUAGCUGGAAUGGCCACUCCAGUGUGGUUCGCUGCAGGCCUGUCACUGGACGCACUCACCAAAUCCGUGUCCAUUUGCAGUAUCUGGGAUACCCCAUUCUGAAUGACCCAGUGUACGGAUCCUCUGCCUGGGGCCCUGGACGAGCCAAAGGUGGCCUGAUUAGCAUGACCGAUGAGGAGCUCUUGGAAGCCCUUGUCGAGGAGCAUCGCUCAAAGGAGAGCCUGCAUUUGUUGGACCUAUCUGAUGAGGACCUAAAGAGUGGAGGAAAGGCUGUGGCUGCUGAAAGUGCUGCCCAGGUGGACACCGGCUGUGAGAGUAACCAAGAUGGACCCUCGGAUGUGCCACGUGCACCAGCUGAUAUGUCUCAGUCAGGUGACAAAGACCAUAAAGCCAAACAGGCAGAAGAGUCUGAGGGGGAACCGGUCACUGAGAUUGUCUCAUCAGGGGACACAACACCUUUAUCAGGUGGUUCAAAUGCUGGGACAGAUCCUUUGUGCCGAGAGUGUAAGCUUGUCCGACCGGAUCCCACAGAGAAGGAACUUGUCAUGUACCUCCAUGCCCUGAGAUACAAGGGACCUGACUUUGAUUAUUCCACCUGUAUGCCUGACUGGGCGAAGGAAGACUGGGUUGAAGAUGAAUGAUGCCACCUUUUUUAUCAUUGUAAACAAGAUUUCCAUUUAGGAAAUUGUUUUUAAUAUAAAGUAUGUUGAAUUAGUAUGCAUUCAUUUUCAAAAUAUAAUCUGGUUAGAUAUCCCAAAAUGUAUGAUGACAUUUUCCUCUGUUCUAAAAUUCUACGUUUGUGUUGAACCUCAGAGAAUUGUCAGAGCUUAUUAAAGGGGAACAUUUCAGUUUAGCCUAAAUAGCUUGAGAGCAAAGUAUUUCUGUAUUGAAUCAUUGGCAGUUUUUUUAUGAGCUUGGUGACCUUUAUUAUUUUAAAUUAAAAGGAACUCAUUCAUUGUA